UUCAAAUGAGGUCACCCAUAUUAUAUAAUAAACAAAUUCACCUUCAACUUUUUUUCUUCUUCCCUCUUUAAUUUUAUUCCACCAUUUUUCACAUUCCCUGAAAUCUCACCACCCUCUCCCCCUUCCACCAUGUCCACCAGGGUUUGCAAGUUCUAUGCCCGAGGUGGAUGUUUGAAAGGGGAUCAAUGUGAUUUUUCCCAUCAAAGAAAGGAUACUCAUCAAAGAAAGGAUACUCCACUUGAUAAACAGAUUUGCUCCUAUUAUCAGAAAGGGUCUUGUGCUUAUGGUAGUCGGUGCAGAUAUAAGCAUGUCAAAGCUUCUCAAGCAUCAUCUUUGGUUCCAAAUUGUGCUGUGCCUCACGGUGUUAAACUAGCACCAAGUUGGGUUCCGAAGGUUACAAGAGUUCCUCCUCCACCUAGCAAGCGUGGCGUAACGAGUUUUCAACCCAACCAUCUGGACUCUACCGAUGUUGGUGAAUCUAGUAGUACUGGUUCUAGUGCUAGACUGAAUGGACAUUUGUUUUGUAAAUUUGCUGCAGCAAACUGCCCCUUUGGACAAGGAUGUUCUCGUGUUCAUGGAAAUCAAUGCUUGUACUGUAGAAAAUAUUGCUUGCAUCCUAGUGAUAAAAAGGAAAAAGAAAAUCAUUUGAAGACUUGUGACAAAAAGGAAAAGUAUGUUCUGGCUUUGAAGAAUAGCGAAGAAAUAGAAUGCAAUGUUUGUCUCGAGCGUGUCCUUUCAAAACCCAAACCAUCAGAACGUAAGUUUGGGUUGCUUCCAGAAUGUGACCAUGCUUUCUGUUUGUCAUGUAUCCGCAAUUGGCGUAAUAGUGCUCCAACCUCUGAAAUGGAAACCGGCAAUAAUGUCAAUACAGUUAGAACCUGCCCUGUUUGCCGCCAACUAUCAUAUUUUGUCAUUCCAAGUGGUAUUUGGUAUGCUACAAAGGAAGAAAAACAGGAAAUUAUUGAUAACUACAAGGCAAACUGCAAAUUGAUUGAUUGCAAACAUUUUGACUCUGGUAAUGGGAAUUGUCCAUUUGGGGCUAGUUGUUUCUACAAGCAUACAGUGAAACCUGGCUCAUACACAUGGAUACACCACAGGCCACCACCUCAACGAAAAGAAACCAAUAUUGAUAUGUAUGACAUGUUGGACAUGCUAAGUGAAGUUGAUCUAUCAAGUGGAGAAUUUUAUUCUAUCAUGAGGGACUCAGAAUUUUUCGAUGGGAUGGAUCAAUUAGAGAUGAUGGCUUUAUCAGAUUCUCUGGCUAGUGGUUCGGGUCCUCGUUUCGGUCCUUUUGAGUCCGAUGAUGAGGGGGAAACCUUAAAUUUUUUCCGAAUGGCUGCUAUGUCGGAGGCCCUAGAUGAUUUUGGCCCUGAUGAUUUCGGCCCUGAUGAUUUUGGCCCAGAUGAUUUCGACCUAGAUGAUUUGGAUGAAUUGGAUCCUAUGGAGGCAGCCUUGAUAUCAAUGAUGAUGCAUUCCCAUAUUGAUGAAGAUAGUGAGGAUGAAUAUUAGAUUUACUUGGUUCAUUUGAUGCGCCUAUAUUUAAACAGUUUUUGGAGAAGUCUCCUUUAAAGUUUCACCUAUCUUUUUUAAUGAAAAAUUAUUUGGCAGGAACUUAGAUCAGCUUGUGAUUUGCUUAACUUAGAUUAUCAUUCUAGCUUGUAAUUUGCUUAGUACUAUAUCAUAUGCCAUUUGAAGGUUGUGCUAUUGAAGGAGUUUUUUUGGCUUGAAGGUUUCUAUGUUGGAUUUUAUGGCUCAUGUAGUUAUUUUGCAGAAGUGAAUUGUAUAAUUGCCUAUGAAAAGAUUGGUUGGGUUUGAAUCUAA